AUGAAGAGCCCGAGCCCGGCCCGAGGUCAUUAUGCGGUCAUCGGCCCGAAGCCCGGCCCUCGGGCUGUCGGGGCCCUCGGGCUGUCGGGGCCCUCGGGCUGUCGGGGCCCUCGGGCUGUCGGGGCUGUCGGGGCCCUCAGGCUGUCGGGGCCCUCGGGCUGUCGGGGCCCUCGGGCUGUCGGGGCUGUCGGGGUCCUCAGGCUGUCGGGGCCCUCGGGCUGUCGGGGCUGUCGGGGCCCUCAGGCUGUCGGGGCCCUCGGGCUGUCGGGGCUGUCGGGGCCCUCAGGCUGUCGGGGCCCUCGGGCUGUCGGGGCCCUCGGGCUGUCGGGGCCCUCGGGCUGUCGGGGCUGUCGGGGCCCUCAGGCUGUCGGGGCCCUCGGGCUGUCGGGGCCCUCGGGCUGUCGGGGCCCUCGGGCUGUCGGGGCUGUCGGGGCCCUCAGGCUGUCGGGGCCCUCGGGCUGUCGGGGCCCUCAGGCUGUCGGGGCCCUCGGGCUGUCGGGGCCCUCGGGCUGUCGGGGCUCGGGGCCCUCGGGCUGUCGGGGCCCUCGGGCCAAGGGCUCAAGUGCAGAGCUCUAA